GUUAAGUCUACAUGAUACCGUUUGAAUUAUUUGUGUUGUUAGCGUCGCUCAUAUUCAUCAAUCUUACACCAAUCUCCUGCCUGAACCAUUCGGUCCAUUCCCAAUCUUACCGUGGAAAGAAAGCAAAUCAAUCAGAGUGGAAACUUCCGGUUAAGAAUCUCAAAAAAUGUCUCCUCUCGUACUGUUAAGCGAUGGUUGUGCUUUUAGCAGCCCCAGAUGUUAUGGUGGAAAGUUAAAGGGUUCGAAGUCAAGAUCAAGGUUCAUCAUAUCUAAGAUCCUUAAGAGAAAAUAUGCAGCCACCACCAAGUCCAAGUGUAAGUACUUUAAAUCCAACGCCAUUUCAUUGUUGAAUGCUUGUCUUUCCAUGAAGAACAAGAUUAAAUUUAUGGGUACUGAAGAAAAAUUUGCAGCCCAGCCGCCCCAUGAAGUGAGAAAUAAUCAGCAGAUGACACAAAGAGACAGAGAAAUGUUGCGGUGGACAUAUGGGGUAUGCAUUGAUGGCAAAUUUUCAUUGGUGUCGAUGGGGAUGAUGUUGAGUUCAGGGUGUUAUCUACCUAUAGUUGAUAGAAAUGGGUUGUUAUUGGGAAAUUUCAGGGAGUUGGAUGAUAUGAGUAUAUGACUAUUUGUGUUUUGUAAGCUGCAUAAUUUGGUAUUGGUUUUGGGCGCCAGAAAAUUGUUUGUAAGAUGGUUUUGUUCCGCUUCUCUUUUAUUUUAUCAGAGCU